CUUAUACGUAUCCAGCGUAGGCUCCAUUCCUCUAAUAAGCGGUUUACAACUCUUAAAUCUUCACCAUUCGCAUAAUGGCUAUGGAAUUCCAGAAGGCCCGUAUUUUGUCUCUUCAGGGCCUGCUACCCAUUCAUGAUGAUAUUCUAGACGGCGACAUUUAUGGCGUGCGGCGUCAGAUUUUUGUUUGCAAACAUAGCAAUUUUGAUAUCAAUGAAAUGAUUAGCGCUGAUGGUGAAGAUUGCCUGGAACUUGCUCUAACGAAUGAUUGUGAUCCGGAUCUAGUCACAGCCCUUUUAACAGCCGGCUGUGUGCCCAACCACAUAUACGAAAACGGAAAUACGGCCCUCCACAUAGCUGUCAUCAACAACAUUGAUAGAGAAUCCAUAAGGCAACUAAUGCUACGUAUUGACCUGGAUCUCUUGCUACAGACAAACGAUGCCGGGUACACUGCCCUGCACCUGGCAGUGCGUCACAAUCAGUACCAUGUGGCAGAGACCAUAUUGGACUGCAUAGAUGAGCGGCAAUUGGAGGGGGGGGCUGUAUAUCGGAGGGCAACAGAGACGACAGACUCAAAGCUGACGCCAGAGAAAGCGUUUGCCAAAUACUAUGAGCGUGCCUGCGAUAGACUAGAAACAACCAAGGAUGUGCUCAAGAAUCGCCGAUUAAAGCUGGAUAUUCUAAAUACAGCAGAGUUGAUGGCGGGCAACACUCCUCUUUUCUUUGCUGUAGAACAGGGGCAAGAGCAUAUUUGCUAUUUCCUGUUGGCUCAUUUGUGCGAUCCAGACCAGGAAAACCUCAGCGGGCAUUCCCCCAAAUCGUUUCACUACGAAUAUGCUCGCAUUUUGAGGAUUAAUUUGAAAAUAUCCCGCGUGAUGGAUAAAGUCAUUGGCAUAUUAAAUGGAUGAAGAUAAAUGUACAUUACAUCGAAAAUUAAAUAUGUUUAGCCCCAGUUUA